AUGGCAAUCGACAUGUGGUCAUUGGGAUGUAUAUUAAGUGAAUUAUUAACCGGUAUGCCCUUAUUUCCGGGCGAAGAUGAAUCUGAUCAAUUGAGUUGCAUCAUUGAAAUUAUUGGCAUGCCAAGUCAGAAAUUACUGGAUUCAUCGAAACGUGCAAGAAAUUUUGUUAGUUCCAAGGGCCACCCACGUUAUUGUACAUUAACCACAUUGCCUGAUGGAACAACAACUUUACAAGGAAGUCGAUCAAAACGUGGUAAACAUCGUGGCCCGCCAGCCACUAAAGAUUGGUCACAAGCAUUGAAGAAUUGUGAUGAUCCAUCAUUUAUCGAUUUUCUUAAACGUUGUCUCGAAUGGGAUCCAACCCUUCGUAUGACACCACCUCAAGCAUUAAGACAUUCGUGGUUAAGACGACGUUUACCUAAACCGCCUGCUGAACCAGCGCCAACAAACAGACCAUCUGCUGUUUUACGUCAUCAUCAUCAUCACAUAAUACCAGCACAUCAACAACAGACAUCAAACGGCCAAACGAGUGUCGCCGGACGAACUAAUAGUGGUAGUGGUGUGAACGGUGGUGGCACAUAUACGAGUCAUCAUCAUUUGUAUCAUACAACUAAUAAUACAUUAUCGAAAGCAUUUCCAUCGACGACUGAAUUAAAUCGUCAUCAAAAAUUACCACAUAUUGGUCAGCCAUUAAAUGCGAUACUCGAUUGA